AUGUGGCACAUCCACGAGUAUGAGGUGAAGAGCGACGUCCUUUUCCUUCCAGGCGUCCCUGGUCCGGUUGAGCAGCAAGAUCGGGAGAAAGCGCUGAAAACUUACGGGAAGACGAUUCACUUUUUUGGCAGAUAUUUGGAGUCUCGCUAUGGUGUUUUGUUCAAAAAGGAAAGGGAUAACAGAGCGUAUAUGGAAGGCUUAUCCCAAGGAAUUCACUCAAAAGCACACGCUGAUGGUGCCGGACUCAAAACUAUUGUACAAGAUAUCAAUUUGCAUUGCUUGGAGACCUGGAAAGGGUUUGUCCAAAGCUGCUACGGUUCUGGUGUCAACAUGUCAAAAACAAAUUCUGAGAAGAUAGCUGGAUUGGAGGCAGAAGUCCUGCAAGCUAUCAAUAACUUGACGAAAACUGUCAAGGGGAAACUCAUUCAAGAGGAGGAGAAGGGCAAGGAAGAUCCUGAAUUUGAGCUCGAGUUUGGAUCCUUCAAAAAGGGACCCAAGGACGAUAAGAACAAGGGUGGGGGUCGAAAAAUAGGAGAAUUUCAGAAGAUUAAAGCUCCUAUUUUCGAAGGGGAGGACGCGUUUGGAUGGAUUUAUAAGGUGGAGCGUUUCUUUGAGAUCCAAGACAUUGGUGUACGUGAUCGUUUGAAGGCAGCAACGAUUUGCUUGGAUGGCAAGGCGCUGGCUUGGUUUCGUUGGAGUCAAGCAAGGGACCCAUUCCGCUCUUGGGAGGAUUUAAAAGAACGGUUGUUGGAGCGAUUCCAAUUAACAGGUGAAGGCAAUCUCUAUCAUCAGUUUCUCGCCAUCCCACAAGAAGGAACUGUACGUGACUACGUAAGCAAUUUUGAGAGACUAUCAUGUCAGUUGGGAGACAUACCAGAAAUCGUGUUGGAAGUUACCUUCAUUAAUGGUCUCAAGGAUGACACACGUUCGGCCGUUCGUAUUUUACAGCCAGCAAACUUGGCCAGAGCCAUGACUCUUGCUGUUAUGAUAGAUGAAAACAAGUUCAGUAUCGGCACACCCAAGACUAGUGGAGGGAAUUUUUACUUAAAACAACAUUUGACAAUACUUAAAUUUCUUAAUGUCAACAACAUUCGGGAUGAUAUUCAAAAGGAGGAUGCUUUUCGAGGUCUCUGUGCAAUGGUGAAAGUGAACACAUCAGUGGAUUUAAGUUCACUUGUUUUCUUAUGUAGAGCCAUUUCUAGUUGGCAUCAGUUACUGUGA